GAAGAGCGCAGCACCGUCACAGCAGUCGAAGAAGAACCACAUUCAGGAGGAAACAUGGCUUCCCCUGCUGGUUGCGAGCACUAUGUGCGCAGCUGCUUAUUAAAAGCACCGUGCUGUGGUAAACUGUAUGUGUGUCGGCUGUGCCACGAUGCAGAGGAGAACCACCAGAUGGACCGAUUCAGAGUCAGAGAGGUGCAGUGCUCUGAGUGUGAGACGGUGCAGCAGGCACAGCAAACUUGCCAGCAGUGUAAUGUACAGUUUGGGGAGUAUUACUGUGACAUUUGCCACUUGUUCGACAAGGAUAAGAAGCAGUACCACUGUCAGCCCUGUGGAAUAUGCAGGAUUGGGCCCAGGGAGAAGUAUUUCCACUGUGAGAAGUGCAAUCUGUGUUUAGCCCAGGAUCUGCGGGGAAACCACAAGUGUGUUGAAAAUGUUUCAAGGCAGAACUGCCCAGUGUGUAUGGAGGAUAUUCACACAUCCAGAAUUGGAGCUCACGUUCUUCCAUGUGGUCACCUUUUACACAAGACCUGCUUUGAUGACAUGGUCAGAACGGGUGCAUAUCGCUGCCCUCUGUGUAUGCACUCUGCCUGGAGCAUGGAGGACCAUUGGGAUCAAAUAGACAAAGAGAUUGCCCAGUCACCGAUGCCCACUGAAUACCAGGGUGCUACUGUCAAAAUAAUAUGUAACGACUGCCAAGCCCACUGCACGGUGCCUUUCCACGUUCUGGGGAUGAAGUGCAGCAGUUGUGGCUCCUACAACACAGCACAGGACGGGGGACUCAUCCAGCAGCCUGUGCCUCAGCAGCAGCCAGAGCAGAACACUGAGAAUGAGCCAGAAACAGACACAGAACCAGAGCAGCAAGAUCAGCCUCAGUCACCCACGCCACAGUAAAAUGAGAGCCAACCACAACGUGUGACAUUUAUACUUUAGACAUUUGGCUCAUGUGUGUACUUACACUGAGUGUAACAGUAGACUGAGCCAGUGUUUCUAUGUUGUACAUAUUACCAAAAAAAAAUCCAUCUAUUUUCUGUACCUGCUUAUCCUGCCUGGAAUGUAUCCCAGCAUGCACCAGGUGAGAUGAAAGUACACCCUGGACAGGUUGCCAGUCUAUCACAGGACUUAUACAUAUCCACACACAUUCACACCUACAGGCAGUUAAUAAGGGCUUUUCACAGUGCAUAUUGUGCAUAAGAGCUGACCCUGGAUGCCCCUUUUGACACACACACAUACACACACACACACACACACACACACUUUUAACUCAGAUUUAACCUAACCCCAGGGCUAUAUGAUUCAAACGGAACACGUGACGUAAUGUUAACAUUUUUGUUUAGGCUCUGUUUACUGUAGCCUGUUUCACACUGGAACCUUCUAGCCCUGUGUUUAGUCAAUUUUGGGGGGAUAACCCUGCAAACUCUGAUCCAACCCUGCUCCAGAGCAGGGCCAGCACCAGCCUCCCUGGGCUAAAGUCCGGGUAACAAUGUGCCAGGAUUGUGUGAGAGCUUUCUUAGCCAGAGGUUCCAAGAAUGCUUUUAGCCCUGGAAUAAGUGCAGUGUUAAAAGCCCUUUAGUCCAUCUGACCACCCAGGAAGGUCUUGCUGGGGGGUGAGAGUCUAACCACUGAGCCACUGUGUGGCCCUAUGGCAAAAAAAAAAAAGAGCAGGUAAACUACUAGGUUGUGCAGUAUUAGACCAUCUGUGAUCGCCUUCUGUUAUGUUCAGGGACUGUUUCAUACGUCCUGUUUAAAUUCUCUCAGUAAGGCAUUGUGUGCACCAAGGUGUGUGAGCUUGUCAUAUAUACAGCACUGUAUCUCCACCAGCUUCGAUGUGUCGGACAGAAAAAAAAAGAAUUAAAAAAAUUAAAAGUAGCCCUUAGGCAGAAGUCAACAUGAUAACAAAGUAACUGACAUUGACUGACCUGCUGGCAGCAUAGCACAAGGCAAUGUGCAAACCAGGUACUUUUCUUUGCAUAAAUGCCCUGUGACUCAAAGAUUAAACAGAUUGUCCUUUUCUAAAUUUGACUUCUUAGUCCAUAUUUUAAUUACUGAGUGUGAAUGCCACUCUUGAUCCCAUAGGUGAUGUCUUUUAAACCUGUCAUGUUAUCCAAUUGUUUACCUAAAAACAGGCCAGUACUCUGAUUUAAGCUGUGAAUUAUAAAUAUUUGACAAGUAUGUAUGUAAAUGUAUCUGUAAUUUGGAUGAUUAAAAGAAAUUACUGACUGGGCCUUUAACCUGCUCAUUUUCUAAAGCCAGCCAAGAAAUGUGGUUUGUCUGAAAUUUGGCAGUGGAAAUAUGUCUUGCCUGUUUGUCAUGAUAAACUACUGCAACACAUGCACCUUUGAGUAUUUCCCUCUCAUACAUACAUAUACUACUGUAAUGGCUGGUAUGGCUGCUGUGACGAAAGGGCCUGAUUUCCAGUACCAUUUGCUUUUUGUGUCUUUAUUUGCAGGUGUAAAGUUUGGUUACCUUUACAAUGACAGUGAUACAAACUCCAAAUAAACAAAAUCAUUUUACUAAA